AACUACGACGGCAGCUACGGCAGUGGCCACGGUAACAGUGACAGUGUCUCGCUAUUCGGACGCUGCGGUGGCAAGGGUUACACUGGACCCACUACUUGCCGUUACGGCAGGUGUGUCGCAUUCAACCCAUGGUUCUCCAUGUGUAUCUAA